AUGGCCUACAAGAUUAACGACCUCCUCCCCUUGCCAAACUCCACCGAGAGUAUCCCGUGCAUUGGUUUCGGUGUCUACCGCUCCCCAGCACACCAAUGCGUCAAAUCGGUGCAGAAGGCGCUCGAGGUGGGAUACCGACACAUCGAUACAGCUCAAUUUUACGGCAAUGAGGCUGAGGUCGGUGAGGCGCUGCGCUCCUCCAACCUGUCGCGCGAGGAGGUGUUUGUUACAAGCAAGAUUCUCAGCCCCGCGGGGUCACCUGAGGCGACAUACGAGAAGCUACUGGAGAGCGUCGAGAAGAUCGGCGGGCCGGGCGGAUAUGUUGAUUUGUUCUUGAUUCACAGCUCCAAGUCUGGUUCUGCGGGUCGGAAGCAUCUGUGGCAGGCGUUGGAGAAGCUGCAAGCUGAAGGCAAGGCCAAGAGUAUUGGUGUGAGCAAUUUUGGUGUGCAUCACAUUGAGGAGAUGAAGUCUUACGCGAAGGUGUGGCCGCCACAGGUCAAUCAAAUUGAGCUGCACCCUUGGUGCCAACAACGCACAAUUGACGCAUAUUGUAAGAAGAAUGGAAUCAUCGUCGAGGCCUACUCGCCUAUUGUGCGCAACUAUAAAGCAAAUGACCCCACUCUGGUCGAGGUGGCGCAGAAAUACAACAAGUCAACCCAACAGGUCUUGAUUCGUUACGCGCUGCAGAAGCAAUGGGUGCCGCUCCCCAAGACGGAUAACCCUGACCGCAUUGCUGCGAAUGCCGACGUCUUCGACUUUCAACUCCAGGCAGAGGAUAUGGAGAUCCUGGAUUCGCUGGACCAGGGCGACGCCGGAGCUAUCGUUGAGGCCGUGGCCAACGAGUGA